UACUCAAAGGGCAAACGACCUCGUAACACUGCACUUGAAGUAUUUUGAAGAAACUGGUUCUUAUGAUUGCUCUUAAAUGAAAUAUAUAAAAGCCGCAAGUACUAGAUCUCAUACAUCAAUUACCAAUUCGUAUUCGAACGUUCAACAUCUUUAACUUUAUUUUUAAAAUGUACACUAAGAUAUUCGUGGUUGCCGCUACCCUGGCCGUAGCCCUUGCUCGACCACAAGAAGGGCACGGGCACAAUGCACAUGGACACGCGUAUUCAUCGCAGAGCAUUGUCCUACACCAGAGCCACGGUCAUGACCAUGGACAUGAGCAACUUGGUCAUGUACAGCUUGGUCAUGUGCAACUUGGUCAUGUGCAGCACGAGCCCGUGCAUCUAGUGUCAUACCAUGAGCCCAUCCACACUGAGUCACAUCAUGCUCACCACCACGCCGUCUCCUCACAAAACAUCCAGCGCCACGACGUGCCCGGCAAGGCGCCCGAAGGCCACCACGACUACUACGCGCACCCUAAAUACGAGUUCGAGUACAAGGUGGAGGACCCGCACACCGGCGACAAGAAGUCCCAGCACGAGUCCCGCGACGGCGACGUCGUGAAGGGCUACUACAGCCUGCAUGAGGCUGACGGCACUGUCAGGAUUGUGCAUUAUACUGCUGACCACAAGACUGGAUUCAAUGCCCAGGUCCAGCGUGAAGGUCACGCCAAGCAUGUAGUGCCAGAGCACCAUCACUGAUUUACGUUGUGGAUUCUAAACUAGUUUUGAUUUGUGUUUAUGCUUGUGAUACUUGAUUAUGUAAUAUUAUGUGUUAUAUUAGUUUUACAACAUGUAAAUAAAUGCUGUUGCUUCGAUAA